AUGGACAGCACCGAGCUCCCCUUUGGGAUCGUAACUCUGUUACAUGUCAGCAUCGGCGUAUCAGUGAACGUCUUCCUCCUCCUGUUUUACGCCCGGCUGGUCUCCACCAGCCGGAGAACCAGCUCCUCUGAGCUGAUCCUCACCCAGCUGGCCCUGGCCAACACCAUCAUCCUCCUCACCAGUGGAAUCGCUGAGACCUUGUCAGCUUGGGGGCUGAGAAAUUUCUUGGGCGAUGUUGGCUGUAAAAUCCUCUCAUACCUCUACCGAGUGGCCCGGGGCCUGGCCAUCUGCACCACCUGCCUCCUGAGCGUCUUCCAGGCCGUCACCGUCAGCCCCGGCACCUCCCGGUGGGCGGGGGUCAAAGCCAAAUUACACAGAUGCAUCGUCCCUUUCUGCCUCCUCUCCUGGGUCCUUAAUAUGUUGGUAGAGUGUAGUGUAGCGAUACAGAUGACGGGCCCUCAGAACAGGAGCCAUUCACAGAACGUGAUGGAUCACAAAUAUUGCUCACAUGUCUUUGGCAGUCCAGAAACUACUUGGGCAUUAACAGUUCUGGUGUCGCUCCGUGACGUGUCCUUCGUGGGGCUCAUGAGCUUGGCCAGCGGCUACAUGGUGUUUGUCCUACACAGACACCACCGGCAGGUCCGCCACCUCCACGGGCCCGGUCGCUCCCCCAGGGUGAUGCCCGAGGUCCGAGCGGCCAAGAGAGUCAUCGCCCUGGUCACCCUCUACGUCCUCCUCUACGGGAGACAGACCAUCACGUUGAGCAUUUUACUCAACCUGAAAGACAAGUCUCCCCUCCUGGUGAAAAGCCACAUGGUGCUGUCCUUCACCUUCUCAGCCGUCAGUCCCUUCCUGGUGAUCCACAGGGACCAGAGGAUCAGGAUGUUCCGGCAAAGGGAAUCUGCUGAUUCCCAUCUGGAUCUGCCUGCCCCCUCGUAG